AUGCCAAGCAGCCGUAUCUUUGCCUGGCUCGAUACGAUUCCAGACGAUUCCGAAAGCAGACCAGUUCCUGCGACACACGACCCAAGCCUCCUUCGCAAGCGGCGUCGCCUGUACCCUCCUACACCCGAACACUCCGCAACAAAGAGGCUCAACGACGCCAUGUCAGCUCAUGCUGGCAGCCCCGACAAGCGGCCUAACGACGAGACACACAAGCCUUCUCGCAGCAACAAGCGCGUCCGCGAGUCAAGCUGCUCAUUUCCUCCGUCGCAGUCGCAGUACUACGCAUCCACUCGAUCCGGGCAGGCUUCGACGUUGAGAGACCUAGCUGCGCUUGAGCGUGACCAACAAGGCCUGAAACUCUGUGAACUCAGCACAUUCCACCCCCAGCCGCCAUCCCUUGAAGUGCUCCUUGAACAGAUUGAGGCGUUUUCUUACGCCGAGCGUAUCUUGCCUGCCUCGGCUCGAGAUAGGAUCGAGAGGCUCGAGUAUUGGGAUAUAAAGAGCGUCAAACACUACUUAACAGAACGUGAGGCUCUCGGGUGUACACCCUCUCCUGACUAUGUUCGCAAGCUCGUUUUCGAAGCAGCAGGAUGUAGUGCUAACUGCCAUCCAGAGGCCAACUGGAACAUGGCGGUACACAGUCGGAUUUUGGACAUUGUCUUCGACACGACAGAUAAUCAGGCUCGUCUUGUGAAGUGUAUGGGCAGUUUAACCGCAUCCAUCAUUCAGGAGUACCAUCGAUCCGUCUCUCGCACUAAAAGGGUUGACUUUUAUAUCUACCUCGAAUCUUCCGACGACAACUCUUAUCCCCAGGCCGAAGACGAUAUUGACCGCCUUUCUAUGACUCUUCGCGGUGCAGUUAUCAACCAUACAGACUUUUAUCCGCUCCGCAACCGGCCUAUCGCUGUGAGCAUCGAGACUACAAACCCCGAUGAGAGCUGGGAGAAGGUAAUAUUGCAGUUUGGGGUUUGGGAGUCUGCAUGCUGGGCCUUUUUACGACACCUAUUUGACAAGUAUGAGGACCAGGUGGCUGAAGACGAAGCCGCAAAAGGACACCAAGGCUAUACUCCUGCUCCUCCACCCUCCAUGUUAGGGCUGCCCGAGUUCCUCCCAGGAAUAAUUGUCCGAGGACAUGACUGGAAUCUCGUCAUCACUACGCAACAAGGAGAACGGACAAUCCUCUGGCAAAGGAUCCUAAUGGGGACUACCAUGAAUCCCAAAGGUGUCUACCAAAUUGUUUGCUGCCUACAACUACUGCGGCAGUGGACGCAAGAUACCUUCUGGCCGUGGCUGAGGGAGGUCAUUCGUCAGUCAAGCAAAUCAUGCCCGGGUUGA